AUGGCACCACCAGCGCCUCUCAACUCUAAUCCCCAAUCUCUCGAAGGUCGCGUAGCAUUGAUUACAGGGGCUUCCUCCGGUCUCGGUCGCGCCAUCGCUCUGCUGUUCGCAGCACACGGGGCAAUGUUCAUCGUCUGCGCAGAUCUCACACCCGAUGGUCCAAUUACAAGUUCCGAUACAAAAUCCGAUACAGAAGAUGAUCUGCCAACUGCCGACUUGAUCAAUCGACGCCAUGGGAAUGACAAGGCCAUUUGGACUCCGACGGAUGUUCGAAAAGGAGAGGAUAUUGCCGAUGCUGUGGAAUUAGCCGUGUCGUCUGCAGGCCGGCUUGAUAUGGAGCAUAUCGUUGACCGGCAGAGCAGCAUGAUCAACAAUGCCGGCAUCGGCGCCGAAUUCUCCAAGAUCCACGAGCUCGACGAGAAGGUCUGGGACAAUAUGAUGUACGUCGUCUCCACCCCUACAUUUAUCCUUCACUUGUCCCCAACUCUCCCCUCUCCAUUCUUGUCUCUCCCCUCCACCUUUCAGUUGAAGUUCCCCCUCUCCCCAUCCCUCACCUAUCAUGCUCCACUCUAUCCACAUGCUCACAUGCCCGAAGUCCUCCGCACACCAAUGUCCAAACCCAACAUCGAGAGCCAAGAGCUCAGCAAGCGAUUCAUGGACGCGACGCCUUGGGGCACCUGGGGUGAGGUGCAGGAUGUUGCCAAGGGGUAUCUGUUCCUAGCGAGUGAUGAUGCGGCGUGGAUCACAGGGGUCGGGCUGCCGAUUGAUGGGGGAAUGUUGGCUAUGUAA